UCCGAGCAGGCCGAGGCCGAGGGCGCGGGCGGCCAGGAGGGCGCGCCGGCGAGGGGCGACGGCGGGGAGGCGGUGAGGCGGGCGAUGGCGGAGAGCCCGAUGCUGGUGGUGGGGAGGCGCGGGUGCUGCCUCAGCCACGUGGUGAAGCGGCUGCUGCAGGGGCUCGGGGUGAACCCCGCCGUGCACGAGGUCGCCGACGAGGCCGAGCACGCCGCCGUGGUCACCGGGGACGAGGCCGUCGUCGCUCUGCCCGCGGUGUUCGUGGGCGGGCGGCUCCUCGGCGGGCUCGACCGGCUCAUGGCCAUCCACAUCUCCGGCGAGCUCGUGCCCAUACGCAAGGACGCCGGCACGCUCUGGCUCUGUGUACGGACGGACGAGGGUGAUUGCGAGGGGGUUCACGUAAAAACGAAACUUUUUUAA